AAUAUUUCCUUGUAUGCCUCUGAUUUGUCGAAAGUUAUCACGUAGGGCGACUUUCCAUAACCGUGUCCUCUAAAAUAGAACAGUUUAAAGCUUUAUAUUAACGAUGAGUGUUAUUUUGGAGUAAAAUAAGCAACCAUAGGAAAGAAAAAUGGCAUCAGAUGCUAGACCAAGCGAAAUUUUUGUACAGAAUACAACUUUGCAAGAUCAAAAUGGAGCGUUACAACGUCAGUACGAACGUUUGAACAGACAUCCAUCUAUCUUCCAGAGAAUGUCGAAACAUAAAUGUCCAAACUUUGUUUCAGGAGGAUGUGUUAAACUUAUGGUCAUCAGCUUACUAAUUGUGACUGCCAUAGUUGUCUACUCUGUUACACAGAUAAAGCAAGACAGCACACUGGAAGCAUUGGUUGCACCAUCCGCUGAACGACAAUCUGGUGAUCAAAAUUCUGCAUAUGCAGUAGAAAUGCACUUAGGUAAUAAAGCACUUUGCCAAUCAAUUAUCAGAUCAUAUAUCUAUUUUUAAACAAAAUUGUAAGAA